AUGGCAUCCCAAGACUGGAAGGCUCCGGCCGUUGCGGAUGCCGAUAAGCCAGAGGAAAAGAAAAAAAUCCGAGCAUAUUUACAGACACUCGGAUAUCUGGAUAUCUCUAAAAGCCCCGAUGGCAAAUUCUCAGAGGUGGAGGUUUAUGCUGCCUACCGUAGAUUUCAACAUUUCUACGGACUGAAAGAGCAUGAAACUGGGUCUUACAAUGAGGAAACCCGGCAGGCUAUGACAAGAAAGCGCUGUGGUAUCCCUGAGAACAGUGUAGUUGCAAGUUUCAGCUCCGGUCCUCCAAGGUGGAACAAACGGGACAUUUAUUGGAAACUGAAGAAUGAGUCCCAGCAUCUGGCAUAUAAGGAUGCCGAAACUCAAAUCAAAGAGGUCGUUGCUGAAUGGCAGGAACACUUCAAAUAUCCCCGGAUCAACAUGGCGGAAAAUGAGGAAGAAGAAGAUAUCAGUAUUGAGUUUACUAAAACUGAUCAUGGCGAUGGAUACCCAUUUGACGGCCCGGGGAACGUGCUCGCUCAUGCGUUCUUCCCAAUUCCUAGCAGUGGCGUGCUGGCUGGUGAUAUGCAUUUUGAUGAAGCAGAGAAGUGGACCUCUGAAUUCCUGCGACAGGUGGCUUUGCAUGAACUCGGUCACUCACUUGGACUUGACCAUUCUAGUGACCCUAAUUCGGUCAUGUGGCCUUGGUUCAACGGCAAGUCCAAGCUCGAACCUGACGAUAUUGCGCGGAUCCAAGCUCUUUAUCCUGAACAUACUCUGUGA